AUUAGAGCUCUUUUUUAAGAAUGUCCAGCAAUUCACCGGUUGUUUUUUCGGCUUGGUGAGGUGAGGUGAGGUGAUUGGGAGGUAGGGCAAAUGGAUAAAUAUAAAAUAAGGAUAUGCAGUCAGACCUCCCUAUAGCGUCAUUGUACUAUCACGAGCAACUCUUUUAGAGCGAAUUGUUCAUGUUAUGUUGUAUUAUACGUUCUCUACAACACCCAGACCCCACUUGUGUAAUGUGGGAUUACACUGGGUAUGUUGUUGUCUCUGUAAGCAUUUGAAAGUGACACCGUUAUAGAGAAGUUUGACUAUACUAUUCGUAAGUUAUAUAAAUUGGAAGUAUGAAGUUCUGAAUUGUCAACGUUUUCUGUUGUAGCAUGACAUGCUCAUUUUUUUAGGUUAAGAAUGCGCCCAUAUUAUAGAUAGUUAUGACUUAUCCUUAAUUGGAUUAUAAGCAUUAUUUUCCUUUAUCCGGAAGAUUUAAUUCCUAAAUUCUCUUGCUUGAAUUUGACCGUAAAUGGGCUGUCUUCAUUCUACGGCAACAAAGCAGUUCCCUGGACACGAAGAUCCUGUAGCCCUUGCAUCUCAAACAGCCUUUAGUGUAAGCGAAGUUGAAGCAUUAUUUGAGCUGUUCAAGAAUAUUAGCAGUUCGGUAAUUGAUGAUGGGCUAAUAAGCAAGGAAGAAUUUCAGUUGGCUUUAUUCAAGAACAGAAAGAAAGAAAACCUUUUUGCAAAUCGGAUUUUUGAUCUCUUUGAUGUAAAGCAAAAAGGAGUUAUUGAUUUUGGAGAUUUUGUUAGGGCACUUAAUGUUUUCCAUCCAAAUGCCCCACAAGAAGAGAAGAUCGAUUUUUCAUUUAGGCUUUAUGAUAUGGAUGGCACGGGGUUCAUCGAGAGGCAAGAGGUUAAGCAAAUGUUGAUUGCACUUUUAGGUGAGUCUGAGAUGAAGUUGGCUGAUGAGACUGUUGAGAUAAUACUUGAUAAGACAUUUUUGGAGGCAGACUUAAAUCAGGAUGGAAAGAUUGACAAAUCUGAAUGGCACAACUUUGUAGACCGAAAUCCUUCACUAUUAAGGAUAAUGACUCUUUCGUAUCUAAGGGAUAUAACUACUGCUUUCCCGAGCUUCGUACUUCAUUCUGAAGUGGAUGAAGUUGCUACCCAACUAUAAAAUAUAGUUGAGGUCGAUUCUCUCUCAUUCUGCUAUUGAUGCACCUAAGUUUUGUUGGGGGAGCAUCAAGUUUACCUUGCUCAAAAAAAAAAAAAAAAAAGGUUCUGUUGGGGGAGUCGGAGCUUUUUUUCAGAAUGUUGAAAAACUAAAGGCGAUUAAAAUGGUAACAGUGGUGAUUGAAUCGAGAGGUUAAGCUAGCCUCCCGUUAUACAUUGUUUUUGUUGGCAAUAUUCUGCCGCUUAAUGGUGAGCAGGAUAGUGAGAUUACAAUUCAAUCAGUUAUUGCUUA